AGACCUUUUGAUGAUGAAACGUGCGAUCGGCGAAUAAUGUUCCAUUUAUGGCCAUGGUGGAAGGUCUACGAUUUAUCUCAAGCAAUCGAAGCAAAUGAAAGGAGCAUCGAAACAAAGUUUCACUUUGCUAUCCACUGCACAAAUACCCGGACGUGUUCAGAAUCUUGUCAUCAACAAUAUUCAGCAAUGGGGGUUCACAGCGGCCUGGAAUCCACCAGCUACUGGCAACACCCCAGAAUUUUACAAUGUGACCAUAACAAAUACGAACACCAAUGAUGUGUAUGAGAGAUCCUUACUCCCCAAUGAAGAUAGGUCAUAUGAGAUUGAUCAUCUCUACGAUGAUACCACUUACACGUUCAGCGUUGUGGCUGUCAACUCUGAUGACCAAGGGGGAUCACCAGUUGAAAAUACUGGCAUCAAUAUUCCACCUUGUCAACUGUGCCUGAGCAGUGCAAAUGUAGGAUCAAGCUUUUUCCAACUGAUGUUCCCUGCUACGGGUGUGAACACUAUUCUCUCUGGAAGAACAGUGGACGCGUCCACGCAACUUAAUGGACCCCAGCGUGCAAUGGGCCCAAGUUUAACAUCCAUAUUUUAUCUUGGGCUUCAAGGGGGUUUGCUGUAUGAACUGCAAAUGACUGACUCCAAUACACAAGCAAUUGUUUACUCAUCUCGGUAUAGAACAGUUCCUUGGCCGGUAACAAACCUUCUGCUGAGCCCCGAGUCCAGUACCAGCGUACAUGUAACGUAUGAGCAGCCUAUCGGAACUCAGUAUCACAAGUAUGAUGGCUUCAGAAUCACGUAUGGUGAUCAAGAACGCUUCGUGGGAAGUAGCGAUACGUCGUUGGUAAUCGAUGGUCUACGGGCGGGGAUUUCAUACAUCAUUGAAGUUCAGACGUUCAGUGGCGAGUUAGCUGAUCGUAAAUACUCUCUUCCUGCAGCCGGUGACAUAACUAUUGUUGAUUUGUUUUUGGAAGCGAAUGCUACUACAUCGUUGUCAGUCGCGUGGGCCCUCCCCAGCGUUGAAGUCAGUGGAUUCCAGAUCCGAUACAGCAUUUUUGGUGCUUCAUCUUUCACCACUUUACCAUUUGGUCCGACUGUAACCACUGCUACACUGGAAAACCUAGAGCCUGGUCAGAUUUACCGGAUCAACCUCUACAUUGUGACAGCCGAGGGAACAGACCUUCUAACAGAAGCCGAAUUUCAAACAAUUCCUGAUGUUGUGAGUGGUAUCUUGGGGGAAACCAUGGACACCAGUAUAGCUUUAUCAUGGACCCCUCCUGCAGGCAAAGCAGAUUAUUACCUCGUCAUGUACAACCCUCAGUACGGGUCAACUAUUACCCCCUCGGAGGCAUCCACUCCGGAAUUCAACAUCGAAGGGCUGGAUCCCGGAAUUGAUUAUGAAGUUAGCAUCAUAUCCGUAGCUGGUUCGGCACGGAGUUCUGCAGCAAGUAAAAUUUUCAUGACAGAUCUUGGGGAUACAAGUUUGAUUCGACUGAAGGAAAUCACUGCCACAUCUUUAUCUGUGACCUGGAGUCCCAAUCAGUUUGCUACUGCGUACACAGUCUCCAUUUCCCCAAAUGAGGCUGAGGGAAACCCUGCGUUUAACGUAGCUGCUUCCAACAGACUAUUUGCUGAGUUUUCUGGGUUGUCAGGAGGCACUCUGUAUACAGUCACAUUGCAAACAGAUCCCCCUAGUGGUAUUCCUUUGGUAGCUGACUUUAAAACAACUCUGUCUCCACCAUCAUCACUGGUUGCCGAGACUCUUGAUGCGGAUGAUACAAUAGGCCUUCAGCUUAGCUGGGCGCUACCGACAGGAAAAUGGGAUGCCAUUAAAAUUACCUACACUCCAAUGAACGGAGUAAGUCAGUAUAAGAUGGUUGGUAAAACAGUGACAAGUACCACGCUGGAAGGACUUUACCAGGCAACUGAGUACACGUUGGAUGUGAGGUCGGUGUCAGGACUUGAUGAUCUUGCAGAAGAAAGCGAGCCAGUCUCACAAAGGACUUUGACUAGGAGUCUUCCAGCUGACACUAUGAUAAUCACCAUGAUAAAUGAGACCACGGUGUCUAUCAUCUGGACUAUCUGGGACGGCAUCACCAUAUUUGAUGUAAUUGAUCAGUUCACGGUCACAGUUGACAGUCAACUUUUGGAUGAAUCAAGAGUGAUGCUAACAAACCUGGUGCCAGCCUCUUUGUAUAAAGUCUCUGUGAACGGCCUCACCGGACCGAAUGAUGAAAUCGUGAGAGAUUUCAGAACAGCGCCCUCACCACCAUCUAAAAUUGAGGUGACUGAAGAUGAAUCUACUGAUGCGGAGAUCACUUUCACUUGGACUUCAUCGCCUGGUGCUGAGUUCUACCGCCCUAUUCUAUUACGCCCUGAUGGUAGUGAACUUUCUCAUCCUGAUGGCGAUGUUCCUGCCACCAGUGCACUUGUGGCCACUUUCAAAGGCCUCCAAUCCGGCACGGCAUAUGAACUGAUUGUCAGGUCGGGACUGUACCUGUUUUCACAGUUCCCUGAAAUCUUGAGUCGAGCUGUAACGACUGAACACACCACAGGUGGUAUUUCCAAUACUACGGUUACAGAGGUUGCGAAAACCUCCUCAUCGGUUACGCUUGCUCUCAUCCCUCCAAAUCUGAGUAUAACGGUACUCUUCAUAGAUGUCUACACCGAUUAUGAUACACGAAUCACUUCAGCGUUUCAGGCUUAUAAUGAUGAAUCUCCCCUUCCACCUAUUGUUGAGCAAACGAUUCCAGGCCUCUCGCCUGCUACCACGUACAGGCUCAGGAUCUCUUGGGGAAACGACAAUGAAGAAUACUACUUAACAACAUGUAAGUAA